AAAAAAUAAAAUAACCCUAAACUUUUCAAUUUAAUUAAAAACGAAAUAUCAAAGGUGGAUUAUUUUAUGGAAAAUUACAAAGAUAUCAAAUAAAUGAAUCGGAAACAGGAAAAUUCCAUUACUUUUUAAUAAACUCGAAAUGAGCAACAAUAAAAACCAAUUAAAAAGGCAAUAAAAAAUUUUGACUAGUUGAAAAAUGAAAAUGAGAACAGCAGCAACAAAUAAUGCCAUGAACAAAGAUAAGGAAAUCAGGGAAAAGACCAAACAACGAAUUGGUGUAGCAACGAUGGCCACGCUUUGCAAAUUACAAAUAUUUGUGUAAAACAAAAGAAAAACAUUGGAAAAUCGACAAAGAAAAAUAGCAAUAAAUAACUUGACCCAACCAAAGAAGGUAGGAAGAGAGAGGGAGAGCGCACAAGGAAAGGUUGUACGCCACUAAUCCAAAGCGGAUACUGCGGAAACCAUAGAAAACAAAAAUAGCAAUUUUCCUGGGAAAUCCACAAAAAAGGUGAAACGAAAACCAGGUGGCAAAGGAAAACAACUAAUCCAUGAAGAGAUAUGGAAAAACUCCACUUCAUGCCAAAUUCCAUUUCUCCAGGAUAUUGAAAUAAUAAACAUCCUCCAAAAAACAACAUAUCAUCAGCGGUGGUAGCCCAGAAAACAACAAUGAAAAUGUCGAGAAGAAAAUUCCAUGAAAAAUUCGAAUCUUGCAAUUCCGCAAUGCUUCGCCGAGGCACCGGAGAGCCAUUGGACUAUUGUGAGUUGUCCGACCAAGAUAGCCAGGCAUUGCAAUUGAAAAAGACCCCACAUCCUAUCUUCGAAUUGUUUGGCUUUGAUCCUUCGUCUCCGGGCUCACCCUCCUACCAGGCGGCGAGGCGACAUGACAUUAUUUGCUCAACGAACUCAACGGCUUUGAGUUGCAACACCCGAGCCGAAAUCCGAAAAUGCCCCUCACCACAAACAUCAACGACCCUCGCUACUAAUUCUAAUGACAGCUGUGGCGGCAACAUGACCCUUGGGCCCAGGAGCUUUGUCUCCGUGUCCUCCACUACAUUAACAUACAAUUUACUGCAUCGCUUGCUGGCAUCCUUGCUGUGGCAGGUGACAGCCUCAACUGUGAUAGCCAUGCUUACAACGUUAUUGUAUUGCAUUGGCCAGGUAGAGGGUGUUGCAGCAACGACAACAACAAAUGUUCCCCUACUAAUAUGGGAGCAACAAAAUCCCACAAUAUCCUCACUCCAACACCCACCCAUUUACACCUUGUCAACUCAGCCAGCAGCCGGCUCGUCCAGUAUCAAUGGGUCUAACAAAAAAGGCCAUAAAAAUGCCCACAGCCGUCUAAAUGGAAGUGGCAACAACAGUCCGAACAUUACUGGAGGACCAUCACGUAAUUUUAAUACAACAACUAGAACAACAACAACUUCGUCGACGGAAAUAACAAUUUUAAAUGAUGUUUCCGCCAUGGCUACUACAUCCGUUUAUGGGAGUAGUUUUACAACUCCAACAUCGCCAUCGACAGUCCAUCAGAAUUAUGGGGACCAUAAAAGGCUGCAGGAUAACAACGUUGUCGGCCAUGAUGCUGAUGAGGAUAUGGCAGCUUUAAUUCCCUACUUAAAUGGCACCAAUGGCCGUAAUGUUAGCCAGGCAAAUGGUAAUGCCAUUACUUUGGAUGAUAUCUCCGAGGAGGAGGCUUCGGAGUAUAUUUUUGAUCGUACCGAUGUGAGGAUAAUAUUUAUAACAUUGUACACUAUGGUGUUUUGCUGUUGCUUUUUUGGCAAUUUGCUUGUUAUUCUGGUUGUUACAUUGUCUCGUCGCCUUCGAUCCAUUACAAAUUUCUUUUUGGCCAAUUUGGCUUUGGCAGACUUUUGUGUUGGUCUCUUUUGUGUUAUGCAAAAUCUGUCGAUAUAUUUGAUAGACAGUUGGGUCUUCGGCGAAUUCCUCUGCCGCAUGUAUCAAUUUGUACACUCGCUGAGCUAUACAGCCUCAAUAUUUAUUCUGGUGGUGAUUUGCAUGGAACGCUACUUUGCCAUAGUUCAUCCGAUAACGUGCAAACAAAUAUUGACUGCCGCACGUUUGAGGAUGGUCAUAUUGACCGUUUGGAUAACAUCCGCUGUGUAUUCGACACCGAAAUUUGUUUUCAGUAAAACCAUUAAAAAUGUUCACACCGAAAGUGGCCGCGAGGAGGAGAUAUGUGUGCUGGAUAGGAAAAUGUUCAAUUCGAAAUGGCUGGACAUGAUCAAUUUUGGAUUGCUGUACUGUAUACCGCUGUUGGUGAUGACGGUCCUCUACAGCAAAAUCGCCAUUGCUCUGUGGCGCAGCUCCCGCGGCCUCUCCCAUCAUCUGGCCCAACAGGAGAACAGCAUGGGCAUGCACAACAGCAUGUAUCACCAUCAUCAUCAGCACCAGCAUCACAAUCAUGCCCAUGCCAACAAUCAUCAUUUGCACAAUAUUCAUCAGCUGGAACAGCAGUCGACCACUUCGACACCCUUGUCGGUGGGCAGUAGUGGUGCCCCGUCGACGCUGUCACGCAAAGAGAGUUGCAAAUAUGAAAAACGUGGCGUCAACAUCACCGAGAGUCAGGUAUCUCUAGAUGCUGAUCGCCCGGUGGUAUCUGCAUGUCGCAAGACCAGUUUCUACCAACACCAUCCACACCACCACAACAAUCACUUGUCACAACAGCAGCAGCAACAGACGUCAGCAGCGAGUCAAGCCACAAUUCUCACAUCCGGCGGCCAUCAUCAGCAUCACUACCCUCCCACGGCCCGGUCGCAUCUACAUCACAGUCACAACAGUCAUCAUAGCCUGCAUGGCGGUGGCAGUCAGCGCGUCUCCCAUAUCUCGCAUUCAUCCAAUAAUGUUUUACGUGCCCGUCGUGGCGUUGUCCGGAUGUUGAUUAUUUUCGUCUUGACAUUUGCUUUGUGCAAUUUACCAUAUCAUGCCAGAAAGAUGUGGCAGUACUGGUCCCGUUCAUAUCGUGGCGAUUCGAAUUUCAAUGCUUUGCUAACUCCCCUAACAUUUCUGGUUACCUACUUCAAUUCGGGCAUCAAUCCACUGCUCUAUGCCUUUUUGAGUCGCAACUUCCGCAAGGGCAUGAGGGAGCUGUUGAUGUGCUCGUGGCGUAAAAGUAAAACAAAAUCAUCAACAAAUUCAUCGAUGCAUCACAAACGACAGGCCAUACAGACACAUUCCCUGCCAACGGACACCACACACAUUGGCAACGACCAGCUAUGAUGACCUCUGUUUCGCUGGCAAAGGAAAUUGUUUGGUGCGAAGACUUAAAGUCAGCCAGACCCCCCUCCUUAGCCUCUCCUGAUUUGGAAAUAAUGGAUCACCUGAAAUUUGUGAAAAUGUUCCAACGAAGCGAUUUACAAAGAAAAGCGGCAUUUGUGUGGUUUUUUUGGAAGAGUUCUCCUUUUUUUGUGGUAAUGUUACCUUCCAUAUGCUUAAGCCAGAUUAUAUGUGUAUGUAAAUUAA